AUGAACAAAUCCCAGGGAUCAGUUUCAUUCACCGAUGUGACUGUGGACUUCACCCAGGAGGAAUGGGAGCAACUGGACCCCUCUCAGAGGAUCCUCUACAUGGACGUGAUGCUGGAGAAUUAUAGCAACUUACUGUCAGUGGAGGUAUGGAAGGCUGAUGACCAGAUGGAGACAGACCAUAGAAGCCCAGAUGAGCAGGCGAGACCGUUUAUAAUCUUUAAGGACCAAACCACAAUCGAAGAAAGAGAUAAUAAUCUCUUUGGAAAAACAUUUAACCUUAGUGCAGACUUUGUUUCUUUAAGACAAGUACCCUAUAAAUAUGACUUAUAUGAAAAAACUUUGAGAUAUAAUUCAGACUUACUUACUAGCAACAGAAACUAUAUAAGAAAGAAUGCAGACGACUGUAAUGGAUUUGGGAAAGCACUCUUCUAUCUGAAACAAGAGAAAACCCAUCCUGGAAUGGAAUACUCGGAAUAUAAUAAAAGUGGGAAAGCCUUCAGCCAUAAAGAAGCCAUUUUUAAACACCAGAAAAUUAGAAACUUGGUGCAGCCAUUUAUCUGUAAUUAUUGUGACAAGGCUUUCUCAUUUAAAUCACUCCUCAUUAGUCAUAAAAGAAUACAUACUGGAGAAAAGCCUUAUGAAUGUAAUGUGUGUAAGAAAACCUUCUCCCAUAAAGCAAACCUCAUUAAACAUCAGAGAAUUCAUACGGGGGAGAAACCCUUUGAAUGUCUGGAAUGUGGAAAAGCAUUCACCCAUCAGUCAAACCUCAUUGUGCACCAGAGAGCACAUAUGGAGAAGAAGCCCUAUGGAUGCAGCGAGUGUGGCAAGACAUUUGCCCAGAAAUUUGAACUUACCACACACCAGAGAAUCCAUACUGGAGAACGACCCUAUGAGUGUAAUGAAUGCGCAAAAACCUUCUUCAAGAAAUCAAAUCUCAUUAUACACCAGAAAAUUCACACAGGGGAGAAACGCUAUGAGUGCAGCGAAUGUGGAAAAUCCUUUAUCCAGAACUCACAACUCAUUAUACACAUGAGAACUCACACUGGAGAAAAACCCUAUGAAUGCACUGAGUGUGGAAAAACUUUCAGCCAGAGGUCAACUCUUAGAUUACAUUUGCGAAUCCACACGGGAGAGAAACCGUAUGAGUGUGCUGAGUGUGGGAAAGCCUUCAGCAGGAAGUCCCGACUCAGUGUCCAUCAGAGAGUUCACACCGGGGACAGACCCUGA